AGUUUCUGCAAAAUAAAUAUUUGGCGGAAAAACAACGAUAAAUAGAAAACCCAGCGUUGUUAGCCUUCCCAUUUAUUCUUUCUCUCUCCAUUCCUGUCUAUUUGCUCGUCGUCAAAGAUUGUAAGAUCUAUCUUUAUCCGGCGAUCAAUCCCUAAUUUGCUGAAGGAGAAGAAGAAGCAGAUCUUUCUCCCGACAACAGCUGAGGGUGGACAUAAUUGUGCUGAAGAGGAACUACUACGAGAGAAGCAAGUAAAGCGUUUGUUAUUUACUCGGUUGCUGAUUAUAAUUAUCCGCCACAAUCAAAGUUCUCAACUUUUAUUUUGAAUUAUUGAUGUUAUUUUCAUGUUAUAGGAAUCAUCUUCUAUUUUCCAAACAUGAAUGAAAGAGAUUUGUUGUGUAGCAGCCAACGGGUUCUUGAUUUUACAAAUGGACAACAAGAUCAAAAUCAUCUCCAUUCCGAGCCCUGCAUCCUUCUGGGAAGCACAUCUAAUUUCCCACGGUCACAUAUAAAUCAGGUGCUGCCUCCAUCUGGCAGUGUGAACAACUUCGAUCUCCACCAUAUACCUGAGCAUGUUGGUAGACCAGCUUUUUAUGGGAUGUCACAGUAUAAUCAGCCUAACCACCCUGCAGCAAAUCAUCCUAACUUCUUUAACGGGCACUUGGACCUUGCAUCUGGGGCUAGGGUGUUUCCAGUUCCACUUAACCAUGGAUUUGUGGACCAUUUACCAUCUUCAAGCAACUAUGGAGGCAAUGUGGGUCCUUUUAAUAAUGAUCAUGGAAGGUGCAAUUUGUCAGCAGAAGGUGUUAGGGAGUUAUGUAAGAGGAAAAGUUCAGAGGGCAUCCCAGGGAAUGUUCAGCAUUUUGGUGCUUCUGCAGGACCUAGUAGUUCUUCAGCUGCUCCUAUGACUGGCAGUCAUUAUGAUUCUGGGUCUGCUUCUAUUGAAUCAUCACUUCCCUUGCCAGAUUACAGAGGUAAUGGCUCUUCCCCAACAAUGGAGGUAGUAUCAGGAGCAAGACAUAGAUCUGGUGCUGUUGGGGCUCAUAUGGAUUCGGUUAUGGUGCAUAACUAUAAUAGUUUUAUGCUUCAAGGAAAUUACGGGGGACAAUCCUUUCAGCCAUCGAGUUCCUCAUGGUUGGACCAACAGUCAAUUAGUAAUACAAUUAGUAGUGCUGGGGGUUUAACGUGGAGUGGUCCUCCCAUGGUGCCUUAUUUUCAAGGGAGCAAUAUUCAUGGAGGUUCACCUGAGUUGGGAAAUGGUAACCAUGGCCCUGCAAAUUUCUUGCACUCACCACCCGUUGUUCAACAACACCACAAUCUACAUCCACCACAGAAUAUUCAAGGUGUGAGAGGGUAUGGUGCCGCUUGCUAUCCUCCUUUUCUAGCUGCUCCAAGUAGAGUUCCACCAAGUGAUGGAAUGCAUCAUGAUCUUUUGUCUAUAUCUCAAGAAAGCGCAGAACCAACAAAUCGGCCAACAGGCAUUAGAAUAUAUCGCUCCCAAGGAAGAAGCCUUGUGCACGAUGUAGCUUCCAGACGCCGUGAUCUUCCUCGCUUCAGGACUCUGCCAGUAGAUAGGGUUGCGAUUUUGGAAUUCCCAAACUUUUAUGAAGUAGACUAUGACGUUGAGAGCAUCAUUGAUCAUCAUAGGGAUAUGCGUUUGGACAUCGACAACAUGUCCUAUGAGGAGCUUCUUGCUUUGAGUGAACGGAUUGGCACAGUAAAUACUGGGCUCACGGAGAAAGACAUCAGAUGCCAUCUCAAAACAAGAAGAUACCAUUCUACUUCAGCUACUAUCAAUUUAGAGGAGUUGCCAUGUAGUGAUACAAACAACGAUUCAUGUAUUAUAUGCCAGGAUGAAUAUGAAGCCGAUGAGAAGCUGGGAACCCUAGAAUGCGGACAUGAAUACCAUUUAGAUUGCUUGAAGAAGUGGCUGCUCUUGAAGAAUGUGUGCCCCAUUUGUAAAUCGGUUGCCUUGGUUUCGAAACCUGAAGAUAAAUGAUGUUCAAAAUCGGUAUAUUAUGAUGAAGGAAGCAAAAAGCUUCACGUGCUUAUCAUCAAUAAUCAAUAACUAUAUAUUAAAAGACACACCAGGAAUGACAUGUGUGUCUCCUGUUGUGUUCUUAGAUUUUUUUUUUUCAUUUAAAAAAAAUGUAUAUUAAGGUAACUUCUAAAGGAUUCUUGCAUAUAUUUUGUUAAGAAAAUAUUGACAUAUUAUUAUAUGAUUUUUGCAUAUAUUAUGUUAAGAAAUAUUGACAGUGAUUUUGAGCUAA